AUGCGGCGCACGACGCUAGGUCCCAUGUCGUCCUCGCAGCUUAACGCACGCCCCUCCGCGCUGCGCCAUCCGUCCACUCGUGUGUCAGUCCCUAACAAGAGCACGACGGCGAUGGAGCGUCAGUCGAUCGGCGUCGCGUCUCGCCGCGUCUCCACUACCGCGGGAACCGCUCGGAGGCCCCCUACUGGGCCGCGAACUUCGAUGAACCGGCUGGUGGACCCUCGGCCUGUGAGCGACCGCUCGUACCAGUACAGAUGCGUGCAAACGCUUGUCGAGUUCUUGAGCGAGCACAUGUACGACCAAGUGAUUCCGCAGGCACAGGCACUGUUGCGGCGCGGACCAUCCAAAAAGGACUUCGAGAAUAUGAUCCUUUUCCUAUUCAAGCUGAUAGAUCCUACCUUUGAGUUCAAGGGCAAGUUCGAGGAGGACGUCGUGCAGCAGUUGCGCGAUCUGCGGUACCCCAUUUCUAUCAGCAAAACGUCACUAGCAGCAGUGGGUACACCUCACACGUGGCCCAUGCUGCUGAUGGCCAUGUCGUGGCUGAUUGAACUGCUCAGUUACGACGAGGCUAUACAGCAAGCGAGCGAGAAUGAGCAGGACGGGGAAAAUGACGAGGAGAACGGUGACAAGCCGUUCUUCAAAUACCUCGAUGCCUCCUACCACGUUUUUUUGGCGGGAGAUGACGAUAAGUUCGAAGCCCUGGAGAACCAAGAGCGCGAGAAACUAAGUACGUAUUUUUGUUCCUGUAACUAA